AUGGAGCGCGUUUUGUCCAUUCUGUUGUGCCUCAGCCUAACAACUUUGCAGUUUAUUUCGACACAUGAGCAUGGCGAUGGCUUUAAACCAGAUGGCGAGAUCCUCCGUGUGCUGGUCAAUACUUCAGCGCAAAUUAAGUGUGAUGUCGGUUCCAGUUUGCCGGACGAUAAAGUUUUACUGGUCGUUUGGUAUAAGAAUAAUCUUCCAAUUUAUAGCUAUGAUACACGCGGUGCGCAUGCGGGCACGCCAUCCCAUUGGCGGGAUGAGGACGUGCUAGAAGAUCGCGCCGUCUUUCGCACACAUAAAGAGCCAGCUGAAUUGAUAAUAAAUCCUCUGAAGGAAAAAGAUGCAGGGAAUUUUCGUUGCAGAGUGGACUUCAAGCUCUCGCAAACUAGAAAUAGUAAUGUUAACUUGGAAGUAGUCGUGCCACCGCAGCAGCCGGCGAUUGUUAGUAAUUCGGAUGGCAGGUCGGAUACACGUGCCGGUCCAUAUGAGGAAGGCGGUCAACUGGAUCUGACAUGUGUGGUGUACGGCGGCUCACCACCGCCCACAGUGACUUGGCUCUGGAAUGGCCACAUUCAGAAUAGUGUUGUGGAUUUCACAGCAGAUGGCACCAUCAAGAGCAGAUUGUUGGUGAAGAAUUUGUCACGCAUACACCAACAUGCUGUGUUCACGUGUCAAGCGAGUAACUUUCACAAGAAAUAUGUCUCCACCAAUAUCACCAUUGAAUUGUAUUUGCGGCCGCUUAUGGUUGAGAUUUCCUUCAACAAUCAACCGAUGUCUGCUGACCGGAAAUACGAAAUUGAAUGUCAAGCCAUCGGCUCGAGACCACCAUCCAAAAUUACUUGGUGGAUGGGAAAUAUGGAGCUGUUGGGACACAGUCAGAAGGUUUCAGAAGAUGGCAAUGUCAGCCUUUCCGUACUCAGCAUUACACCGACGCGUGCUGAUCAUGGCAAAGCGUUGUCCUGUCGUGCGACGAAUGAGCUGGUGCGCAGCGGCAUACGUGAGACGGCGAUGAAACUUAAUGUAUUCUUUAUACCAACGCUUCAGCUGGACUUGGGUUCGAAUUUGAAUCCGGAAGACAUUGAAGAAGGCGAUGAUGUCUAUUUCGAGUGCAAAGUACAUGCGAAUCCGGCAGCCUACAAAGUUGUGUGGAAGCAUAAUAAUCAAAUCAUUCAACACAAUCAGCGUGCUGGCGUCAUUGUGAGUAGUGGCGAUUUGGCGUUGCAAGGCGUGACUCGGCAUCAAGCGGGCAACUACACCUGCACGGCAUCGAAUGUUGAGGGCGACGGUGAUAGCAACGUUGUUGAGCUGAAAGUGAUGUACAAACCCAUUUGCCGUCCGGAUCAGAAGAAAAUUUAUGGUGUGGCGCGUAAUGAGGCCGCCGAGAUUUUAUGUGAAGUUGAUGCAUUUCCACCGCCGGAAAAUUUCAAAUGGUCCUUCAAUAAUACGGCAGAGACAUUUGAUAUGCCGCAGAGUGGUUUCCGUGCACAUUCAGCGCAGGGAUCGACAUUGACCUACACGCCGGUCAAGGAAAUGGACUUCGGCACCAUCAUGUGUUGGGCAGAUAACAAUGUUGGUCAGCAGAGAGAACCCUGCGUCUUUCAUUUGAUUGCGGCUGGAAAGCCAGAAAUGCCAGCCAAUUGCACCAUAUUCAAUCAGACAUCCGACUCGUUGGAGGUCUAUUGUAUGGAAGGCUUUGACGGCGGCUUACGACAAUGGUUCCUAAUGGAAAUUUUCGAUCAGCAUAGUGGCCAGUUACAAGCCAAUAUCUCAUCAAAAUAUCCACUUUUAAGUGUCACUGGAUUGGACUCUGGCCGUCUCUUUCGCAUAUUUGUUUAUGCAGUGAAUUUGCGCGGACGUAGCGAAGCGGUGCAGGUGGAAGGCUAUACGCUGAAAGCGGCGGAGAAGCAAACAGUUGCGCUCACGUCCUACAAGGGUACACAAUCCAAUUUCGAACUCACACCCAUACUGUCGGUGGGCAUUUUCGUUGGCAUUUUGGUGGCAUUGGUCUGCAUUACCAUCGGUACCAUUGCAGCAUUGAAAUUACGUUCACACAAACAACAGCAAAAAUAUCAACAUCAAAAUGCGAAAUUCUCACGACCAGGCAAUUUACAAAUUAAGGACAAAAUCUCUUUGCCAUUAAGUCAUUCGGAGGAGAUGUACGACGAGAAGAAUCCCGAUGUUGUGCCAUACAAUGAAGUCGAUGGUGAAUACAAACAGAAAUCAGCAACACAAACACCAUCCGGCCAUCUGUCCACGACAAGUGAAGCGGAAAUUAGCUGUAAACCACUAACGGACGAGCUUGGCGCAUACAAAAGCAAUAAGGAUGAUGAGCUGCACUAUGCCGAGCUAACACUGGCGCCCGGCAGCGCCAGCACCAGUGGCAUACCUAAAAAGUCCAUUUCGGUCGAUUGCAGCAGCAGCAUGUUGCUACAAGGCGCCGGCAUAAAUACAAACAACAUGUCCGUCACUAUCGGCGGCACACUGCCGCACGGCUCCAGCGUACGCAAGAUGUUGCCCAACAUUCCGGCCAAUGCUGGUGCGAGUACAUUACAACGCCUCAAGCAGCAGCCAACGGCGUCGGCGCAACAAACACCACCACCACCACCAUCAUACGAUUACUUUGAAGAGCCGACGAUAUACGCGCAGAUAGAUCACUACAAAACAACAACGACGGGUGGCACGGCAAAUGCUGGCUGCUCGUCAUCGGCAUCUGUAUCCCCCUUCCCGCCAAGCAUUUCUUCGCCUGCCUCACAGGGCACACCAUCGACGGUGUCGCCCGGCGCAGUGCAGAUGUACACAAUGCCCUCGCAUCCGGGCGGUUAUCAUACGCUGCCGCACAACCAUCAUCAUCAGCUGCAGCAGCAACAACAACAGCAACACCUACAACAGCAACAACAACAACAGCAGCAGCAACAACAAGCCCAUCAACAACACAAUACGUCCGCCUCGUCGAUGCUGCAAAUGAUGGCGGCUGCGGGUGUGGUGCAUGGCGCUGCUGGCAAUAUUUAUCAUCAUCAUGGCACUCUGCCAAUGCCGCCCACAUAUCAGCAGCACCAGCAGCAGCAGCAACAGCAAUUGCAGCAACAGCAAGUCACCGGUCAAAUGUUGGUGUCGAGCAAUAGCAGCGGUCUGGGCUCGGCUACAACAACAGCGGCCGUGACAAGCCCGAGCAGUUCGCUGUCCGGUCUCUCGGCCAUUGGCAAAUCGUAUUCGCGUGAAAUUGUGACGGUCCGAACGCCGCUCAUGUACUCGCAGCAGGAGAGUUGCGUCUAAAAGCGUGUGGCGCAAGCGCAUGGCAUGCUUUCGGCAUACUUAAGCCUACUCGGGGUUCAAUUAUAUCACAAGAGACUGGGUAUGAGUUGUGGGAAAUUGGAAAGUAUAACUUUUACAUUUAAAUUGGUCUGAUUGGGUUUCUGAUACAAUGUUAUAGCGAGUUGCGCGUGUAGUAGUUUUUUCGUAUAUAGAAAAACGUUGAAACAUGGGUUUUUAAUUUUUGAGAAAUUUUUGUGAUACUUGUUGUAAUUAAUCUUUCAAUUGUCUAUUAAUGAUACCAGUUAAUUUUCACUAUCAAAUAAUUCAAUUACUAUUCUUUAGUUGUCCGACUCGUGUUUUCUAACUCUUCGUCGGUGUCAGUAUAUUUUUACUUCUCUUGUUGCCUACAUGCAGGCGCAAAGCUACAUAAAAAUGUGCAAAUUUAAUAUUCGCAGAUGUUCAACUCAGUUUUGAAAUGGUCAAACUUUUUUCUUAAAUUUGUUUUAUAAUCUUAAUCAUUUAUAUUUUCUUUUAUAUGACAAAACUUAUUAUUUUAUAAAAAACUAUUUCUAACAAAAUUCAAUACUUUCAAAUUGUUACUAUUGAAAUUCAUAAAAAUUUAUUGCAUAAGCCAAUCUAGCUGGCAAACAAAAAAUAUUU